AAACGUCAGCUGCCUCGUCUUUACUUACAUUUAUCGACUUCAUAUGUUCUUCACUGGUAUACCGUUAUAUUUGUAGCAUAUAAAUUCAGCAUUGCCAACUUGGAACUUUGCCAAACUGUCAAAAUGGCCGGUUAAAACACAAAAGCCCGUUGACAGCUCAGCCGUAUCCUUCCGCUCGCGUUCCUAACUUCUCUUUCGCUCUCGCUCUCGCUCUCUCUCUCUCGCUCGCUCGCUCGCUCACUUCAAGUGAAGUGUAUAAGGAAUACGUCCACAGGUCCUUUUUAUUGAUUUUUCGCUGGCUGAGUAAGAAAAUCAAACUCAAGUCAUUUGUCAAAUACUCAACUCAAGUGGCUGACAGUGAACGGCUCAUUGACGAGUACACACAAAAUUAGCAUAUUUGACAUAAAUUGGCGAUUUGCGAAAAACUGUUGGUGCAUUACAACAUAACAAGGCAGUGCAGCAAUUACAGGACGAAUAAUGAAAAAGAAAAACUUGAGCAGAGCAGGAAUUUUUUGGCUAGAAAAUAUAUAAAUACCGACAAUUUCAGUGGUGUUCAGUGCGUUUUUUUUCGGUUGUGUGGCGCAGACAAUAUAAAGCUGUGGAAAAGAACACAAAAAAAAAAGUUCAAACAACGUCCUUCAAAUCCUUAACGAGUUGGGUUGAAGUAUUUUUUUUUUUUUGUGAGUAAAAACCAAGUUUUCUGUGAAAUAUUUGGCCACUACUGUUGGGUAUUGGCAAUACUUUAUAAAAAUUAAUUAAAUUCAAAUACGCUCCCGCCGUCCGCUGCCGCAGUUUGGCUGCAAAAAGCGAAGUGGAAAAAGUUCUUCAAUCCAAAGCUGUGUUCCAACCUACCCCACACAACGGCAACGACAGCGGGCGUGAGUGAGUGCGCCAACAAAGUAGGCUCCCACCACGAGCCCAGCAAUUAAUUACACUUAUCGCUCGAAAUCGAGCCGUGCAUUGUGCGCCUUUCCUGACGUGCCGCAAGGAUAUUGUUUAAUCAAUAAAACAAAGCGCGUUUGCUUGCCUAGUGAAGUGCUUCAGCCGCCGUCGCCGCUUGCGUGCUGUUUGUGUGCGUUUCUUUGUGGUUAAGUGUGUGUGUGUGUGUACGCUUGUGUAGUGAAUUUAAAGUUGCUUAAUCGUCGCGCACCCUCGCAAUGCAAAGACACUUGCAAACUAUUUAGACCGCCACAACACGCCACAGAGUGUACGUUAGCUAGUCCUUUGUUACCAUAAUAACAACCACACCACCAGUCCAACAACGCCACGCCAAGAUGUAUAAAACGGUGCGACACGGCGAAAACAGCCUGCAAUAUACGAUACUGCCACAGAACGAUGAUUUCCGUAUUGAGGGCAAGCUAUCAAGCGCCGGCAGUAAUUGCGCCUCGACUCCGGGUCGCAAAGGCAAGGCGCGUCGUCAGCGAAGGCGUUCAUUUUUUGCCUACUUAGGUCUGAUUUUCAUUUGCACCGUUAUUGUGGGCGCAGUGCUCAUACCAUUCCUAGUCUCCGCCGAGUGUUUACCCAAUCCCACGGAAUGGUUCUUAAAGACAAAGGCCGCGUUAACACAUGGCGGCAGCAUUAACGGGCCGCAUCGAAAUGGCGGUGGGCCGCGGAGAGUGCUGGAAAAUGGCGCUGGCGCACAACAUCAGACGUUGCACAGCAGUGCCGUUGCAGUAGCUAGUGUCGGACAGAAGGUGGAAAUCAUUAAUAGCGAUGGCGUAGAGAAAAUUAUAUUGCGCGUCAAUAGGACACAGACACAGCAGAAGUUGAAUGAGACCAAAGCACGACCAGUGGGUUAUACAUCGGAGCAGGAGCAGCAGCCGCCGGCUGAGGAAGCGCCACUACGUCCGGUAACCGACGAGCCCGCAACUCUGACGCCAACACUAAACAGCGGCACACAGUUCACCCAAGGAAAAGUGGCAACACCGCAACCCGCAAUGAGCGAAGUAAAUAAUUUGGUCACAGAAGUACGUUUCGAGUCCGUCGACAAGGUCGCCUCAUUACAGGCUGGUGCGCCUACGAUUGUCGUAACUACCACACAGCGCACGCCGCUAUACACACAAAAUGAUAAUCAAAUGAUCAGCAAUGGCAAUGCCGAGCUCGCCACAAAUUCGAGCGAACUUCAAAUACCCGCACGCAUUGCGCAAGUCAGCGCAACAGCCGUUAUACGUCCAACUACGUCCUUCUCCACCACUAGCAUUUACUCGCCACAUGCGCCGGCCGCCGCCUCGAACUCGGCUGCUGCACCUGCCGCAGCCAAUGUCAAUGCGAUUUCUAAUCAAAAUUUAAGCGUUCCAGCCAUGCCCACCAUUACGACACGCAUUAUGCAAUUACCGUUACUCAAAUCGGCCGUAAAGAAGCCGAUUAUGCCACCAGUUCUGGUGCGCACCAACUCGGAGGCUGCAUCGGCAAAGCAGGCCAACAAUAAUGUGGCCAUUGAUGGUGUUGGAGAUGGUGUAUUUGCUAAUACUGGCGCAGAGUCGUCUGCGCAUGACGACACACUUGACACACCAACCAAGGUGAAUAUGGCUGAUGUUGAGGAGGCAAAGAACGCUGACUGGAUUCAAUCGCAUUGGCCCUACAUCGAUCCGUCGACAUAUUUCCAAUGGACUGGCUACAAGGAGGAUAGCGUCCUUUUACCAGCUCUAUUGGGUUUCGCCUUAACUGGCAUGAUACUCAUCAUCGCUAUCUGCCUGAUUGCGCGCAAUAAGCGAGCGAUCGUCUCCUCCGUACGCAAGCGAAAGCGGAAUGAUGUGGAGGAGGCCGGCGCAGAUGACAAUACAACACUUUUGACCACGGCAAAUCUCUCCGAUGAGGAUUAAACGGAACGAGAAAGAGAAAAACGAAAUAAAAUGUAAUAAAGUAAAAUAAAU